AUGGAACUGAAGAAGGACAGCAACGCUGUGGCCAUCGACAUGCUGCUCAUCGUGCACUCCGAGAAGCGGCGCGCGGCUCAAGCCACGCAGUUGGACUCUCAGACAGACCCGGGCGCGCUGCUGCAAAACCGAGGAGGAUUCCAAGGUGUCAGAAACGGAAUCCGGAAAUGGCAAGAAUUGGAAAGAAACGGCUUUCAAGGAAACUUGUCGGAGAAGCAGUGCCUUCAGCAGCCUCAGGUCAUCACUUCCUAUGACAACCAAGGUACUCAGCUGACCGUGGAAAUCCACCCCCAGGACGCCAUGCCCCAGCUCCUCAAGAAGUUCUCUUUGGCGAAACGUUUACAAGGUGAUAAAAAUGGAAACAUGAGACCCCGGCAGCCUGGAGGGAAAGAUGCCCAUGCUUACCCCUGGGACAGGUCCAGCUUGAAAUCCAUGCCCCUGGACCUGCGGCACUUUGAGAAACUUGAUGCCUCUGCCUCACAGGUGACAGUCAAGAGUGGCCUGGAUGAGCUGGUGAGUGACUUGAUCCAGGAAGCCCACAGCGAUCUGGAAAGGGUCCGAGCCAUCUGGAUCUGGAUCUGCCACCACAUAGAGUACGAUGUUGAGGCCGCCCAGGAGAAGGACCGCCAAGCCUUCAAACCCACUGACAUCCUGAGAACUCAGAAGACCAACUGUGAUGGCUAUGCUGGCCUCUUUGAAAGGAUGUGCAGGAUCGCUGGUGUGCAGUGUGUCACCGUGCCUGGCUACUCCAAGGGCUUUGGCUACCAGACUGGGCAAAGCUUUUCUGGAGAGUUCGACCAUGCCUGGAAUGCUGUGUACCUUGAGGGCCAUUGGCACCUGCUGGAUAGCACCUGGGGCAGUGGCCUGGUGGACACUACCACCUCCAAAUUUACCUUUCUCUACAACGAAUUCUACUUCCUCACCCACCCCGCCCUGUUCAUCGAGGACCACUUCCCAGACAACAAAAACUGGCAACUGCUGAAGCCACCUCAGUCUCUGAGGCAGUUUGAGAACAAUAUGUACCACAAGAGUGAAUUCUACAACAAGGGCAUGCUGAGUGCCCACCCAGAGACGUCCAUGAUCCGAACAGUGAAUGGGAAAGCCACGGUCACCAUUGAGAGCUGUGCUCCAACACUGUUCAUGUUCAUGCUCAAUGGCAAGCAGGAGCAUGGGCUACUGAGCCUCAGGAAAAACGGGAUGAAGCUGGAAGUGUACCCUCCAACCAUGGGCACCCACAAGCUGCAGAUCUUUGCCAAAGGCAACUCUGAAAUCUAUAGCUCAGUGCUUGAGUACACACUCAAGUGCAACUACGUGGACCUCUCUGUCCGGCUGCCCGCUGAGCUUCACCAGCCCGUGGGCCCCAGCUGGUUCUCAGAGCAGAUGGGCAUCACAAAGCCCUCCCACCCUGACCCCAUCAUCCACACCAGUGAUGGUCGCUGUUCCAUCAGCUUUGGCGUGGAGGAGGGCAUCAGUGUCCUGGCAUCCCUCCAUGGAGACGACGGCACCAUCACCGAGGAGACGCAACGGCGCUACAUCUUCCAGUUGGACCGAGAGAAGAGGACAGAGCUGAAAGUCCAGCUGCCCCACGCUGGCAAGUUUGCCCUUAAAAUCUUCGUGAAGAAGAGGCAAGAACAAGGCAACUUCAUCUUUGUCUUCAAUUACCUCCUGUGCUGUGCCAACACCAAGGUGAACUGGCCUAUGUUCCCCGAGAGCUUUGGCAACUGGGGGCAGGGCAAUGAGCUGCUGGAGCCUCUCUCGGGUGUGCUCCCUGCCAACCGCAACAUACCCUUCAAACUGAAGCUUCACGGUAUUGCCAAAGCCCUGGUGAAAGGGCAGGACACGUGGCCCCUGACCCUCAACCCGGAGGGAUACUGGGAGGGCAGCUGCAACACGGCUGGCUGCCAAGAAAUCUAUGUCAUGGUGCUGGAGAAUGCGAACCACAACUUCUACUCCUACAUCCUGAAAUACAAAGUGAAUGACCAGUGA